CCUUCAGUAUUGCAUAAACCUCUCGAUAGGACUAUUAUGCAUUUCGUGCGUUUCGCGAUUAUUCGGUUUAAUUCACAUAUUCUAAAUUAUUAUAGUGUAAACUCUUCUUAAACUGUGUAUAUUAAACGUGUGUUAAUUUCAUUUUUAAAGAAAAGAGAAAAUGCGUCUUUCGUUUUCGUCAUCAAAGUUAACAACGCAGUCAUGGCAAACAAAAGAAAGAAGUCAUCUUGAUUGAUCUUAAAUCAAUUAUUUACGAAAAUCUAUUACCGAUUUCCAAGAAAAGAAGAAUCUUUUGUUCGUGAGCAAUUUAGUUGGUAGUGGUAGUAAGUAUGGAUCAACAAGUUGGCUCACUGCCCGUCUUACUUUUGAUCGUAAAAAGGACAAAGAAAGUUCUUUCUAAUCGGAAUCGAUUCUUUGAAACUUGACUUUCUGCUGUACUUCUAACGUGUGAUCCGAAGUAAUUCGUUUGUUCGAUUAACCUUGUUCGACGAAGUCCCAAAUUAACCCGGAAAAUAGAUACGUGUGUGAGAAGGACAGAUAAAUAGAGAGAAAAAGAAAGAAAGGGAGAUAGAUAGAUAGAGAGAGAGAGAGAGAGAGAGAGAGAGAGAGAGAAAGAGAAAGAAAAAAGAAGAAAAAGAAGACAAAAAUGGAGAUGAAACUUUGAUAAAGUUACACUGCGUCGUUUUUCAUUCCAUUAACUGAUCAUUCGAUCAAUCAAGAAACAAAAUCUUUUUUCUAAUCAUAAAAAUCAUCGCCGUAAGAUCGAUUGUUCAUUUCGCGUUCGCGAUUUCAAUUUGUCCGUUAAUGUCUGUCGUCUAUCUGUGCCAGCCAAUCGAAUCAAAGAUCGAUCAACCGAUUCAUUUUUCCGUUAAAAAGUCAUAACCGGAUAUGACGGAAUGGGCGCAUCCACAAGAUUUUUUUGUCAGAUUUGUUUUCUCAAGUCCAUCAAAGAAUCAAAUUAUAUCUUCGACGGCACAAAGUGGUACGCAGUAAAAAAAUUUCGGUUUCGAUGUACCUCGGAUCUGAAAUCGAUGCUUCAAUUUUAUUGGUAAAUACGUUUAAGAAAGAAAGAAAGAAAAAGAGAGAGAGCGAAAGAGAGAGACAGAGAGAAAAGGAUAAUCGAUAGAUGUCACAACGAUUUGUUAAGAAUCUUCAGAAUUCGCGGAAGUGUCGUCGAUUCGAUGGAGUUUAUUCCGGGAAAAAGCAAGCAGAAAUGAUUAAAAAAAGUCUAAUUGCUGGAAAGUGAAAUAGUGUAAGUAAAACCGUUUGUCGUGUGACGAAAUAUGAAAGUGAUGAGAAAAUAAAAGAAGAAAAGAAUAAAGAAGAGGAGGGGAUAAGGCAGCCUCGCAACAAAAGCUUCGAUUCGCGCGGGAAAUCGAACAUCAGAUCGGCGCCAUUAUCUCUUUUCCAGAAGUACCAAAUAUUCAACGAUAAGAAAGAAGAACGAAGAAAUUAUUCACGGUGGCAGUGACGUCAAUGCACAUUUGCGCGCGUAUUUUCGCGUGGGCAUGGGAUUUUCUCGUCGGUAGCACCGCAUAUCCGAUGCAACAUACAGUUGGAAUAGAGGUGCGGGUGACCAACGAGAUACCCGUCUCCGUGACGGAAGAAAACACGAUAAGGGAUGUUGCACCACCUUGGAUGGCGUCGCCGGCUCCCAGCAGGACUACUCCAGCGACUCCUACGCAUCCUCAUCCUCAGUAUUUGUCACCCCACGUCUUUCAAGGACGCAACUCUCUCUGUUGCGCGAACGAUUACACGUUGCGAAGGCGGCGACCUAUGACGCUUCGAAUUGGACCUCGCUUGAGUUUACCGAAUAAAAGUACAUCCGCACCGACGACUACGACGGAUGGAGAAUGGCCAGCAAUUAGAACGCGACGCUCGUGAUUGGUUGCUACGAAGAUUUUUGUUUUGUGAAGAUUAUGUGUACACAUACACACACACAUACACAGAUAUAUACAUGGUAUUAAUUUUCAUAUAGUAGUCUAGUAUUUAUCAUAUUCCUUUUAUUGCAUAUAUAUGUUCUAUCUUUUUGUUUGUCGAGAAGAAUGAAUCUUCUUUUGCAUAUUAUAUUCUUUGAAACGUUUGACAAGUUAUAUAUAAAUAUAAGAAUUUAUAUUACUAUCUACUACCAGAGAAGUUUUCCUGAGUCAUCGAUCGAUCUUUUCCCCGGGAACAUCUGUCCGCUCGCUAAAAUACGUUUAUCGUCCUCGGAUAUAGUAUGAUUCUUAAAAAUUCAACGUUUAGAGUGUCUUUCCGAGCUUCAAAGUGCUAACUUCAUUUUCGACAUUUUUGAUUUAUUUUUUUUUCUUCUUUUUUCUCCCUCUCUUUCUUUUCCCAUUUUUUCGUAAUUUUUUUCGUAAAUUUAUCGAAAGGAAUUAGAUUACUUUUUGAAAUUAAAUUAUUAUUUUUAUAUCAUCGGGGUUGUUAUAUCGAGAUAAAUCGUUCUACUCGUACGUUCGAACUUCACUUUUCAAUUGGAACGACAUUUUUGUGGCCUUCUGGUUUCAACGUGAUCGCGUUGUAUGUGUGUGUGUUUGUGUAGGUGUAUGUAGUUAAAGAACACUAGUUCGAAGAAUGAACGAACGGAUGAUUUCGACGAUGUGAGGGGAAAUCGCAUGUCGAGUUACCAUUUCUUCGUUUCUUGAUGUUGAGAUUUCACACUGAAAUACGAAGAAUUUAUCGCAAUUGAAUGGACCUCGAUGUUUUCCAAGAUCUAUCAUUACGAACGUGUGCGUGGAUAUAUAGGUGAAAAAAUGGCUAUUAGUUGAUCUUUACAAAAAGAUAUAUAUAUUUUUUUUCAAUAGAAACAUU